AUGGAAGACGCAGGUACGAGAAGUAAUUCCGAGCUGACGGCGACGGCGGCAGCGACAGCGACGACAAACAUGGGCACGACUGCGACUGCGACUGCGAUCGCACCAGCGCCGGGCUCCAUCGCCCCUGCCGCUUCAGCUCCCGCCUAUUUCUCUCGAUACCGAUCACGUCGCCACCAGAAUAAGAAUGCCAAUUCCAAUACCAGUUCCAGCGCCAACACCAAUGCCAACGCCAAUGCCAACGCCAACAUCCAUGCCAAUGCCGCUCCAUCUCAUUUCAGCGAUGCCCAGAGUCCAACUCUGACCCACGGCCCCAUGCAUGCAAUGGUUCCACAAGCACAAGCACAAGCACAAACACGAGCACAAACGCAAGAAAUCGUCCCGUCUUCAGACUCUUCUGUGCCCGUCUCCUCCACCGCCGCCUCUUCUUAUUCUUCGCCCACCGCCGCCAACGCCGACCCUAGCGCCGCCCACACCGACACCGCUCGCAUCACUCCCAGCUUGCAAAAGGCGCCAUCGCGAUACAGACGGCGGUCAGCCAGCUUCGCGGGCACGGAUUCCAGCGGAGAAACCAGCGUCGUCGACACGUCCAGUAAUAUUAAUCCCAACCACCUGAAGCCAAGGCCAAGGCAUGCCGAUGCGCUGGGGUCAGGAUCGGCACCAUCGACGCGAGAUCCAUCCCACGCAGGAGAACCACUACUCCCGCCCCCUGUUCCACCACUGCCUUUCCCAGCGUCAGCGUCGUCAGCUUUAUUACCCCUUGGUCCGCGAUCCGCCAAUUUAAACUCCUUCGUCACGCGAUCUGCAGAACCUCUCUAUUACAGAAAUGGAAACGAAAACAUUGUCGCAAAAAAUCAUCACCACUUUUAUGAGAUUGACCCCAGCAAUCACGACGACCACGAUAACGACAACGACAACGACGACAACGAGGAGCUAAAGAGGACUCUAACCGUGCGCACUAGAGAUUCGGGCAAGUCCUUUCGCGAACGGACGACGGAAACCAUCCGCUCCAAUUAUCCCUCCCAGAGCACGAGCACGAGCACGAGCAAGCCAGCCACCGUCGCUGUCGCCGACAACAAGAUGACCACCUCGACCACGCGCUGGGUCGAUGCUCCCACGAGCUUUGGCGGAUCGCAGCCAGAGAUUCGGAGGUAUCACAACAACCACCAUCACCAGGAACACACCACAUCACCGCUCGCAUCGCCCAAGUCGAAAACGAGGAGUCCCAUUUUUGCUUUUCUUUCGAGAAGUCGGAAGGCUGAUCAGAAUUCGGCUUCGAGCCUGCCGCCUUCUCCUGCUUCUUUGCCUACAUCGCCCCAGGCGAGUCGGACGAAUAUGGCUCCUGCGAAUUAUAUCGCCGCUGGUGGGAAAGGCAUCGUCCCCCAGAUUGAUGCCCCUCGUGUCGUCGUCCGUUGCAUGAACUCCUCCAUCACCCUCCCCGUAAAAACGGACACCACACCCGUCGACAUCCUCCACUCCGCCGCCAACCUCAUCACCCACAAAAUCCGCCCAGACACCAGCAUCGUCGUCGAAUCCUACCUCCAAUACGGCCUAGAGCGACGACUCCGCCGCUACGAGCUCGUCCGCGAUGUGAUGAACUCGUGGGACCGCGACAACCUCAACGCCCUUGUCGUUCUCCCCGCUGGCAUCACAAACACCACCAAUUCCAAAAAUCCCGAUCCCGUUCCCGAUAACGAUGAGCAGCUCGAGAUCGACGCCGUGCCGAGGACUUACGACGCACCCUACGCCUUCACGCUGCAGUUAUACUGUUGUCCGCGCGUAGGGAAGUGGGUGAAGCGCAUUGUCACGCUCCUCGACAGCGGACAGAUGUACGCGGCGAAGAAGCCCGGCGCGAAGCCCUCGGACAAGGACUCGGUGUCUCUGUGCCACCUGUCCGAUUUCGACCUGUACACUCCCACGGAGCACCAGCUUCGGAAAGUGCUCAAGCCGCCCAAGAAAUACUGCUACGCCGUCAAGAGCCAGCAAAAGUCCAACGUCUUCCCCACGGGGGAGAAUUUUGUGCAUUUCUUCUGCACCGAUGACGAGAGGACGGCGCGGUUGUUCAAGGAGCAGGUCCACGGGUGGAGGAGUUGGUAUCUCGUCAAUCGCAAGAUUGAUACGGGGCGACCGCCCACGAGGGAUGCGAGCGGCGGAGGGGGUCUUGCGAGGAAGGCGUCGACGGGCAGGCCGAGACAGUCGAUGGAUAACUCGCCGUAUGCUAUUGGUUCGUUCAAGCCGCUCAUGGAUAUGGAUAUCUUCGAUAAAGCGUAUGACGAUCCUACGCAGCCCACGCAGCAGCAGCAGCAGCAGCAGCAGCAGCAAACCCCCAAUUCACCUUCCAGGGAACGAAAGCGUUUGUCCAAAGGAAGCGUACGCGGCCGGUCCGCGUCAAACUACUCAGGGCCCAACGCCAACGCCAACGCAAACGGACUCGUCAACCUCGAUCAGGAGCCCGACUUCGACUCCAAGGGUCUCCUAGGCGAAAAGUACGAAGAGCGGAAGCUCGAAAGCCUGCGCCGCACCGAAACUCAACGCCGUCGCAAAUCCUCCGAGGGCCCCUUCACCGAAGGACCCAGUCUCCUCAACAGCAUUCCCUCCGCCCAGGAACAACACUCCGAUCCCUUGCGCCGAUCCGACUCGCGGUACCGCCCUUCGACCGCGCGGUCUACGGCGGCGGCGGAAAUUCAUCGUCAACGUAGUCUGCGGCGGCCAGGCAGCCCCACAUCCAUCCGCACGACGAACCGCGCGCCCUCCGACCACCACUAUCAACAGCAGCAACCACCCAUGCCGAAACCGCUCCUUGAUUUCAGCGAAAAUGGGGAAGAACCAGCGACGUCUUGGAGGACCCAACGAGGAGGCCAAGGCGUCCGCGCCCCCGUCGGCGUGCCUCUCGUGGACCUAGCCACGGGCCGUCCGGCGAACAAGUACGACGUCCCAUCUUCGCCUCGUUCCUCCACGCGCGCGCGAGCCCCUUCAUCGAGCGCAUCUUCUUCCCAUAACGCCGCGGGACAACACCAUCAGCACCAACAACAACAACAACAGCAACAGUUCCAUCACUAUGCAAGAUCGCCGCAGGGAAACGAGACGUUACUGGGCGCCCUGGCGAGGAGCCAGUCCGUUGCUUCGACCUCGUCGAGGUAUCACGGCAGGUAUAAUCGGUACGAGGAGGAGCCGGCGGUGCCACCUUUGCCGGGGAUGGUGGGAGGUACGUUGGUCGGGAAGAUUGAGGCGAGGCAGGCGGGGACGAGUAGGGGGCGGAGUGGGACUGUGAGAUAA